AUGGCGCUGCCCUCCGUCUACCAGCACAAGCUGGCCGAGAAGCUGACGCUGCUCAACGAGCGGGGCCGCGGCGUCCUCGUGCGCCUCUACCACAUCAAGAAGAGCUGCGGGGACGCGCGGACGCGGCCGCCGCCGCUGGCAGACCGGGCGCUGGAGCCCUGCGCCCGCCUCCUGCACAAGAGGUUCCCGCAGCUGGAGGCGCGCGGCGGCGCGGCCCAGCUGGGCCCGGUGCACAAGGCCAGGGGGGACAUCGCCCGGGCGCUCGCCCCCUUCUACCACUCCUUCGUGGACCUGCUGGAGUUCAGGGACCACGUCUACGAGCUGCUCAACACCAUCGACGCCAGCGACUGCUUCUUUGACAUCAACGUCAACUACGACUUCACCAAGGGCUACCUGGACCUGAUUGUCACCUACGUGUCCCUCGUGCUGCUGCUGGCCCGCACCGAGGAGCGCCGGGUGCUCAUUGGCCUGUACCACUGUGCCCACGAGAUGAUCCAUGGCACCAGCGAGCCCAACUUCGCCCGCCUGGCCCAGAUGGUGCUGGAGUACGACCACCCUCUCAAGAAGCUGGCGGAGGAGUUCGGGCCGCACACCAAGGCGGUCACCAGCGCCCUGGCGUCCCUGCACUUCCUCUUCGCGCGGAGGAACCAGGGCGCCGAGCAGUGGCGGAGCGCCCAGCUCCUGAGCCUGCUGGGCACGGCGGGCACCAUGCUGAGCCCGGCCAGCUCGGACACGGCGGCCUGCGAGUACCUGUCCCUGGAGGUGAUGGAGCGCUGGAUCAUCCUUGGCUUCCUGGCGUGCCCGGCGGCGCUGGCGGGCGCGCGCUGCCAGGAGCUGUGGCGCCGGGCGCUGCAGGGCACCCUGCGCGUCACCCUGCUGCGCGACGAGAGCCUGCCCGUGCACCGCGCCACCGAGGAGCUGCUGGGCGCCAUGAAGGGGUUCGGGAAGCGCGUGGCCGACGUCAAGGAGUGCAAGGAGCAGGCGGUGGCACACAGCGGCGCCCUGCACCGCGCCCGGCGCGGGUACCUGCGCGGCGCCCUGCGCGAGCUCGAGGCGCUGCUGGCCGACCAGCCCGGGCUGCUGGCACCCAAGGCGCUGCUCGUGUUCGUGGCGCUCUCGCUGGCCCGUGACGAGCUGCUGUGGCUGGCGCGGCACGCCGAGCACGUCACCAAGACCAGGGCGCCCGAGGACUUCGCCGACAGCCACGUGGCCGAGCUGCUGCUGCUGCUGGAGCGGCUGCGGGCGCUGGUGCGCCGCGGGGCGCCGCUGCUGCGCCGCUACCACGCCGCCUUCCUGGCGCGCUUCGACGCGCUCGUGCUCAGCGACGUCCUCCAGAACCUCUCCGUGUGCCCCGAGGAGGAGUCCGUCAUCCUGUCGGCCUUCGUGCGCUCGCUCUCCGCGCUCUCCCUCAAGGAAGUGGAUGACAAGGAGCCCUUGGACUUCGCGCCUCUGCGCCUGGACUGGUUCCGGCUGCAGGCCUACACGAGCGUGGCCAAGGCCGCCCUGCCGCUCAGCAGCAACCCCGACGUGGGCCGCGUCAUGAACCUCAUCGUCUUCCACACCAAGCUCCUCGACUCCCUCGAGGACCUGCUGGCCGAGACCUCGGACCUCUCGGACCUCUGCUUCUACCCUCGCUCCGUGGAGAAGAUGUUCUCGGCCACCAUGGAGGAGCCCUCGAUGCUGCGCUACAGCAUCGCCUUCCCCCUGCUCUGCAGCCACUUCUCCCACUGCCUCCACCCCAUGUGUCCUGAGGAGUAUCCCCAGCUGGAGGCGACGGCGCUGGGGCUGUGCGACAAGUUCCUGGAGGAGAUCGCCCGACAGGCCAGCACCUGCAUCAUGGACGCCUGCGCCGAGCAGCACAACCUCAGCGAGCAGCUGCUGCCCAAGCACUGCGCCUCCACCGUCAGCAAGGCCCGCAACAAGAAGGCCACCAAGCAGAUGUCCAAGAACCGGGAGCCCGAGCGGGACAAACCCGGCACCGAGAGCCAGAGGAAGGACCGGACCUUGACCACCAACAUGGACAAGCUGCACCUGACGCUGUCCGAGCUCUCCCUGAGCCUCAACCACGUUCCCAACUUCACCGUCUUCGAGCACACGGUGACCCCGGCCGAGUACCUCAGCAGCCACCUGGAGACGCGCUUCGCCAAGGCCAUCGUGGCCAUGGCCGCCUACAACCAGGCCACGCAGGAGGUGGCCCGGCCCUCGGAGGUGCUUGUGGGGCUGGGCGCCUACACGACCUUCAUCCACUCGCUGGGCCACCUGGUGGGCCUGGACACGGGGCGCCUGGUCCGCGGGGUGCUCCUGCAGCAGACGCAGCCCCGCGACGCCGCCGGCGAGCAGACGCUCACCACCAUCUACACCAACUGGUACCUGGAGGCCCUGCUGCGCCAGGCCAGCAGCAGUGCCAUCGUGCUGGCGCCCGCCCUGCAGGCCUUCGCCACCGUGCCGCGCGACGGCGAGCCCGGCUUCAGCGCCGCCGAGUUCUCCGACAUCGCCGAGAUGCGGGCGCUGGCCGAGCUCAUCGGGCCCUACGGCAUGAAGUUCCUGAGCGACAACCUCAUGUGGCACGUGGGCUCCCAGGUCGGGGAGCUGAAGAAGCUGGUGAGGGAGAACAUGGACACGCUGGUGCAGCUGCGCGCCGGGGCCACCAAGCCCGAGCAGAUGGCAGCCCUGGUGCCACGGCUGAGCUCCGCCGACAACGUGCUCAAGCGCAUGACCAUCGUGGGCGAGAUCCUGAGCUUCCGCGCGCUGGCGCAGCAGGGCCUGCGGGAGGUCUUCUCCCAGCACUGCCCCUUCCUCGCGGGCCCCAUCGAGUGCCUGGUGGACGGGGUGACGCCCGACACCGACAUGCAGGUCGCCCUGAGCAUCUUCGAGGUGGCGUCGGCCGCGGGCAUCCCCUGCGAGAUCGACCCCGCGCUCGUGGCCGUCCUGGCCAGCAGCAAGACGGAGGGCCCGUCCCCGGAGGAGGACUACAAGGUGGCCUGUCUGCUCUUGGUCUUCGUGGCCGUGGCCCUGCCCCUGCUGGCCUCCGACCCGGCCUCCGUCUACAACACGGAGAUGGACGGUUACAACAACAACAUCCACUGCCUGGCCAAGGCCAUCAUCCACGUGUCGGCCGCGCUCUUCACCAUCCACAAGAAGAACAUCGAGACCCACCUCAAGGAGUUCCUGGUGCUGGCCUCCACCAGCCUCCUGCAGCUGGGCCAGGAGCCGGACAGGGCGCGCGCCAGGAACCGCGACUCCGUGUGCCUGCUGCUGCAGCUGCUGGUGGCCGAGUCGUCCUUCCUCACGGUGGACAUGCUGGAGCGCUGCUUCCCCUACGUGCUGCUGCGCAACGCGUACCGCGAGGCGUGCCGCGAGAGCCUGCUGGCGCGCGCGCCCGCCCACUGA